AUGGACCGAUUAACGUGGUACCAGCCAGGAGAAAACUUGGAGGAUCUUUUAUGUCAAGCUGGACACGUUGGCAUCUACGACGGUGAUCUCAAACAUACUGCAUUCGAACAAGGAACAGCUUCACUGACUUUGCAUCGCAUAAUAUGGGCCGACUCGAGCGAUCCGGAUCGUCGGCUCAUCCUUCACCACUCUCUCGUGAAAUCCACUGAGAAACACCACAAGUCAAUGUUCAGCCGCGGAGGAAAAAUAAUCGUCCGUCUCGAACCAGCGCCAGCCAAUAGUGUCGGGCCUCAACGAUCAAGUCCAUUCAAUUACAUACGUCUGGUGUUUAGAGCUGGUGGAGAGGAUGAUUUCCAUAAAAAAUAUGAAGAAGCUUUAAAACGAAAGACUUGGCAGCGUUCUAGUUCAGGAUCAAGUUCGGGCGGGUCGAGGACUAGUCAAGGUAUUCAGAUGCGACCUGUAGGCAUCGCCGGCCUCGAAAAGCGUCUGGCUGAAAAUCACCAGCGAACCCAUGAAACUAUCAGUCAGGCAUUCGAAGAUAUGUCUCGAUUGAUGGAAACAGCUCGUGACAUGGUCAAUCUUUCCAAAAGUAUUUCUGAGAAGUUGCGCUCUCGAAGAGGUGAAAUCACUGAAGACGAGACUAUUGCGUUCAAAUCGUACUUGUUGUCUCUUGGUGUCUCUGAUCCAGUAACUAAGUCAGUUUACGGUAGUGGUGCCGUUUAUUUCGAAAAACUUGGUGAUGAAUUGCGUACAGUGCUUCUUGAACCACUGAAGGAAUGUGGAGGAAUGAUGACCCUGCCUGAGGUAUUCUGUAGAGUAAAUCGUGCGAGAGGCAUGGAAUUGCUGUCACCCGAAGAUCUCUUGAAUGCAUGUCAAGCACUAAGCAGGCGACCAGACUCUCCAAUGGAAUUGCACCGCUUCGCUACGGGAGUAAUAGUGCUGCAGUUAAAAACAGCUUCCAUAGAGAGUUUGGUGGAAGCAACGGCAGAAUAUGUGAAGGUGAAUGGAAGUGCAACAGCAAGUGAACUGGCUGCAAGCCACGGGAUUACAGUCAUAUUAGCAAAAGAACGGUUACUAGCUGCCGAAGAGCAGGCAAAACUCUGUCGUGAUGAUUCUACGGAAGGUUUGAAGUUUUAUCCGAACCGAUUUCUUAUUGACGUCUAG